ACAGUGAGCGUAAAUAUGGUACAAAACUACAAUGGGCUAUAAUGUAUUUUCAUGUUUCAGACUGUAUUCUUUUGUGUCCCAAAGAAGAAAGUCCUACACAUGUAUGAGGGUGCGAAAAUAACAGAAUUUUAUUUUUUAUUUAUUGUCUAUCCAAUCAAGAUUUCUGAAGUGACCUAUAUGGUUAUCAAACCAUCAGUAGUAACUAGAUCAUAAUAAUUUAGCUUAUCGUUAAUAUCAUAAUGGGGUAGAAAAUGUAUCUUUUUCAACAUAAACAAUUAUGAAUGACACAUUUUUUUUGUAGCUUUUUUUAAGAAAAAGGACAAACUCACACUUGUUUCUUAAAAUAAGAUUUUUUAAUAUUACUUAUUAUCAUAAAGAUAUAUUUACACACUUUACAGAAAUAGAAAAUAAAAACACAAAGCUACGCAUGAAAGGAAAAAAAAAAAAGUACUCCAAGAGCUAAAGCUUAUCUUUUAUAAAUUAGAAACCAAAAGUUCAAAUAUGUACACAGUAUUUCAACCAUUUCUGAUACACUUGUUUAAUUCAUUUAUUUAUUCAUUUGUUUUUGCCCAGUUCAACAUCAAAACAGAGACAGGGACUGUACAUUUGGCCGGGUGAGUUUGAUGAGCACACACCUCCAACAGGAAUAAAGAGGAGGAAUAAUACCUUGCCGUUAUGCUGCUUUUCUUGUGGCCCACUAAUACUGUUGAAAUGCCAGGCCUGACUACAGAUUUUGAGAAUUGAAAUGGAUGAGUGUGCUGAACAAACAGGCCAUGAGUAUGGAUGCAUGUUUUGGAUAGAGGUUAGAGCUCUUUAUGGGUGUGAAGUCUUCUUCGAAGCAACAGAAUAAUCAGAUCAUUCUUAGCGUCCCAACCAGUUGGUGAACAUUUGUGAACUGUUGGGAUUGGAUUUCAGUUACUCGAUCUUGUUACCGCAUUUUACAUGCACCGUGACGAGCUAAUGGAAAACAAGUGGCCAAAUGGGCGUUUUCUCUUUCUGUGUCAAAUAUGAAACCAUAACAGUGUCUGCUAAUGAAUGUCUUGCAAUGAAUCACAAGGGCAAAGAGGAGUUUUGUAUUGAAUCCGUUGCUUUUAUACGUCGAUUAAGACCCGAGGGGAACGCAUCAAUCGUCACAGCUCUGUUUUUAACAUACAAAACAGCUUCCGGAUCCCUUUCUCCCAUGCAAAGGUCUGUACUUAAACUAAAGACCUCUGAAUGACUAUGUGGAACGUGCGUACAAGUGCAUAGGACUUAUGAUGGGCAGAAACACGUGAUCGAGUAAGAAUGAGUUUCUCAUGUGAGAGAAAAAACCAUUUAUAGAAAGUGAUUUGUGCUCUGUAAGAAUAAUGUGUGUGUUUGCCAUUUCAGUUUUGAGUCUGGACAUGCUUGUUCUCUUGACACCGUAAGCUCCAUUAACCUGAUGUGCUGACGGGGACGACGGCCCAGGUUUGACGGCAGAGGAGGAUUUCCAUUCUCUGCAAGAACAAAAGGCCUGAUGAAAAUCUGAGCAGAGGUACACUGGGUACUGCACGAAUUUUCGUUGUCCAAUAAACAGGAAGGGUUCCUUUCUCAUAUUGAAUGCAUUACAGCAUUACUGGAGUCUGGUGUGGAAGAACUUGACUGGCCCUCACAAAGCCCAGACCUGAACCUCAGCUGUACACUUUAGGGAUGAAUAGCACCACCGACUGUGAGCCAGGCCUCAUCACCCAACAUUACUGGAGGAAGAAGCGAGGGGCUACGUCAAGGCCAAAGCCAACAGCAUGCAUGAUAACUCAGUGAGGAUGAGAGGAGUCAUCACUUUUCCUGUUUUAAUUAGUAACAUCAGCUCCUCAACAGGCAAUCAUGUCAUCUGCUUCCUUCCAGGCGUUGAUUAUAGAGUGAGGACUGCGUCAUGCAGACCACACGGUCAUUUAAAACUGAAGACUGCUUGACAGGUUUUAAACCGAACAAAGGCAAAGCUGAAGAGAACUGGUGGAAGAGCUCUACUGUAUGUUCACGUUGUUCUUUGGACUGAAAUGUGGAAGAAAUUAAGUCAUUUGGAAUGACAUGAGGGAUCAGGAGAGCUGGAUGUCUGCCAAGCAGUGAAUGUGCUUCCUGGUGUCUGUGGCCAGCAGAGAGAGUAAACACACACAGCCUGAAGAUAUGUGACGUUUUGUCCUUUUACCCUGGCAGACAUCACAGAGGAGACAGAUGUGAUGGCUGUUUCAGAAGAUCAAGAGAGCGAGAAGCCCAAAACGCUGCUCCACAAGCUCCAAAGCUCAACGGGGAGCUCCUCAUAUGUCUACAUGAAAAACCAAGGUUGGCUGGUGAGCACUGGUCUUUGUGACUCAGUCUGUUAGAUUCUGAGAUGCCCCAUGCCUGCAAAAGAUCAAAUCGUUUCCUCUCAACCCGAUUAGACAUGGUAGCAGGGGGUAUGAAACACACUCACAAGCUUAUAUUAAAAUGCCUUCAUCGCUCUCUGAUGAGCCUCUUUGAACGGAAGAACACUGACUUUUAAACGAUUAACCAGUGUUGAAGAAUCUCAGAACUAAUCAAGAAUUUGCUUCCUUUUAGCAAAAUAAAUAUAUUUGUAUGCUAUUUUUGUCCAUUUCUAGUAGGCUAAACUUGAUGCAGUAGCUCUCAGAUGUUGUAUGAUGAUCAUUGUGUAGGUUUGAGAGGGGAUUUCUGCUUAAAUCUGUUUGAGUAUGUGCCCCAUUUAAUCUGACUGAGCAGGGCAAAUGGAGUUCAUCUAAAGACAUCCCGACCAUUGACCAUUGAUCCAUCUUACAUGACCAAUUGCCUAAAUCUGAUUGGUGUGAACAUGCUGCGUGCCAUUCAUCUGAAACUCCCUCAUUCUGGCUUGAAAGCUCUGUCUGUGAUCCCAUCCCUCAACUACGGUGCAUGUGAAACAAAGAACAGCUGCUCCCCGUUGCACCAUGCUUUGAAUGUAUGCACCAUUCCUCGGCCCGCAAAGUAGAUCCCCAGGACAAAACCUCAGGAAGACGCCGGUCCCACAGGAACCGGGCUGACCACUGCCAUCGGCUCUUGACGAGCUUGUCAGCCGCAUGCAGCGGGCCAGCUUCUUUUCUUAUCAUCAGGAAGUUGUCAGGAGGCAGAUAUGCUGUGUGGGCCGAAGAAGGGUCAGGCAGUGAGAGAAAUUGUUCGGCAAUUCCUCCGUAUUUGCCACCAACAGCUGUAAACACGACUCUGAGGCUUCGUGAUCUGAGAGCAUCCAUGAUCCCCUUGAACAUCUCAGCCUACAUCAUCCCAGCCACGGAUGCUCAUCUGAGUGAGUACAUUGCCCCCAGAGAUGCGAGGUUGGCCUGGAUGUCUGGCUUCACUGGCUCUGCAGGAACAGCAGUAAUUACUCAAAACAAGGCUGUUUUGUGGACCGAUAGCCGCUACUGGAUUCAGGCAGAGAGACAAAUGGACUGUAACUGGGAGCUACAACGAGAUGCCUCCGUUCGCAGUAUUACCAACUGGCUGAUCCUAGAGAUCCCUGAGGGAGAUCAGGUGGGCUUUGACCCAUUCCUCUUCUCUGUAGACAUUUUUGACGUCUACAACACCAACCUGACUCCAGCGGGCCGGAUCCUGAAGUCUAUUCCUGAUAACCUGGUGGAUAAAAUAUGGACAGAUCGACCUCCUCUGCCUCCUGACAACCCCACGCGCUUACCUGACAGUGUCAUCGAAAGGACCUGGCCAACAAAAGUGGAUCAGAUACGAGCCCAAAUAAGUGACAAUCCAUACAAGCCCACCGCUGUGCUGCUUUCAGCUCUGGACGAGACCGCAUGGCUGUUUAAUCUACGAGGCAACGACAUCCCUUUUAAUCCAUUCUUCUAUUCUUACACUCUGCUGUCAAUGGAUGAGAUAUGGCUUUUUGUGCACACUGAACGGAUGACAGAGGAGCUGAAGGUGUACCUGAACACUUCAUGCUACCAUUCCUAUUGUGUGCAGCUGCUUGAGUACAGCUCUGUGCGCUCGUAUCUGCAGUCCUAUCUACAGAGAUCCGGCGUGAGGGUGUGGGUGGGUACAGAGUACACCAACCAGGCCCUGUAUGAGCUCAUCACUCCUGAGGACAAACUUCUGACCAGCACCUACUCUCCAGUACUGACUACAAAAUCAGUGAAAGAUGCGACUGAGCAGCGUAUUCUCAAAGAGGCUCAUGUUAGGGACGCAGUCGCAGUCAUGCAGCUUCUGAUGUGGCUUGAGAAGAAAGUUCCAGAAGGCACAGAGAACGAACUUACAGCAGCACAUUUUGUUGAUCAGUGUCGCAGCAAACAGAAGAACAGCAGAGGGCCGAGUUUUGAGACCAUUUCUGCAAGUGGACCUAAUGCUGCUCUUGCUCACUACAGUCCAUCUAAUGAAACUGCAAGGAAGCUGUCUGUGAGUGAGAUGUAUCUUGUUGACUCUGGAGGACAGUACCUUGACGGUACUACUGAUAUAACGCGUACUGUGCACUGGGGUAAACCCACUGACUUUCAAAAGGAGGCCUACACAAGAGUGCUCAUGGGAAAUAUUGAGAUUUCAAGAACCGUCUUUCCUGCUGGAACUAGAGGCGUGAACAUGGAGAUGCUGGGACGAAGAGCAUUGUGGGAAGUUGGUUUAAAUUAUGGUCAUGGCACAGGUCAUGGUGUGGGGAACUACUUUGGAGUCCAUGAAUGGCCUGUGGGUUUUCAGUCCAAUAAUAUUCCAUUUCAAGAGGGGAUGUUCACAUCAAUUGAACCUGGUUAUUACAAGGAGAAUGACUUUGGUAUAAGGAUAGAGGACAUUGCUGUCACUGUUCCAGCUACUACAAAGUAUGGCAACAAUUACUUGACAUUUGAAACCGUCUCACUGGUGCCUUAUGACAGAAAACUGAUAAACACAUCUCUUCUAAGUCCUGAGCAGCUGCACUGGCUGAACAAAUACUAUGAGACCAUCCGAAGCGUGGUGGGUCACGAGCUGGAGAGGCAGGGACUGAAGGAGGAGUAUGACUGGAUGAUGAAGCAUACAGCACCCUUCCUUACAGCUGGAGCUUCAGCUGUCAUCUCCUCAGUCACACUGCUAGUAACAGUGCUGCCCUCUGUUUUACUGCAUAAUCUGCUGUAAAACAUGCACUGAAGAGCAUAACCCACUUCACAGCGUUCAGUACUGCCUCUGCUCCUAUUGUGGGCUGGGGUGACAAACGCACUUUCAGGUACAAACAGAAAAGCUCCAAUGUUGAGUUCUUAAAUUAAGUUGUCUUUUAUACAGUGUUCUUCUUUCUCUUAAUUCUGCUCUUUUAUCUGUUUUUUUUUUUCUUCAAGCCAUUUUGAGUGGAUUUAAUGCUUUAUUAGGAUUUGUCCUAUGUUUGAACUGUUAGUAUUUUAUAAUGUAUUUUUUAACAAAGGUUGUUGUAGGUUUAAUUAAGAUUUAAAAAUGAUACAUUGCAUGUGUAUGUAUGAAUAUAUUAUUUUAAGACAA